GCGCCAGCACAGGCCCCUCUCCUUUGUGUUUGAGCCCCCUCGGGUGCUUGCCCUUAAGCUCUCUCCGGGGAGUGUCUCUUUCACCGGAUUCAGAAUCAAGUUUGGGUGCCCUAAAGUUCCUAAGACCCUGAGGACUGCAUCCGAGCUAGAGUCCCUUCUGUGCUCCAAAUCUUGGACAGAGGUCCCACCCACCUACGGUGGUUGAACUUCCAGCCUUGUGCACAGUGCGGGUGAUGGACUGCCUGCUGGCUGCGGGCGCUCUGACUAGGUUGCACUACUGUGCUCUGAGAAGCAGUGCAAUGAUAUUGUCAAAGCAUCUGGGGCCAGCCUUGCAGACCGCCUCUUCACCUACAGCGCCUUCUUUCCUCUCUUCCCAGGCCUCAGGCCUGCCGCCCUCCCUCCCCCUGCUCAUUUUACUCUGUUCUCCAUGGAAACUGGAAAUUCUAGCCAGGCCUGUGUCUCUGGGGUCAGAGGGCACCCUUGGCCCAGGCAGAGGCCCCGCCCCCACGCAGAGAGACCAACAGGCUCGCUGGACACCCUUUCCCUGUUGCACUACUGUGGGUCCCUGGGGAGCAGUGCAAUGAGAAAGGGCACCCGUCAGGCCUGCCCACGUCCACACCACUCACUUCGCAGCUCAGGAACCUGGGGCGCCCCAGGGUGAGACAGAGCUGGGUGAGACCCCCCAUCGGAGAGGAUAAGGUGGAUACUGGGAAUCGUAUUCCAAGGCUGGAGCCAGUACAAAGAUGAGACCCCAGACUUGGGAAGGCUCUAGUCUCAAUCUCUUGGCCCUCCAGGUUGAGACUGGGAGUCCGUGCUAGGUGUGGUGGCUCAUGCCUGGAAGCUGAGGCAGGAAGACUGCCUCCGAUGUGAGGUUAGCCUUGUCUAUGGUGUAAUGCUGUCUCAAGAACCAAACCAAAACAAAACUGGAGUCUCCAGGACCUUGUGGAGAGAAACAGAUGUUCAACUCUCUGUAUGGAAAAGGUUUAUGUGCCUUGCUCAGCCUUAACUACACCAGGAAGACCAGGACUCAGCCUCCCCCAAUGCCUGAAGAUAACCAAGGUGACGAGAGACUAUUCUGAGUGGCGUUUGGGAGGAGGCAUGAGAAGGCCCUCAAACCAGAGGCAUUACCUUGGGUCUUGGGGCCCAGCAGGAAUGUACUACCUGAGAUGAUGGAUGGACUUGGAGUAGGAAGCCUGCAGAGGAGGCCUGCCAACCAUGCCUGUUCCUGCUGGCUCUUUUACAAGAGGGUAUGUCCUGAACAGGGGACACUGAGGGUCUGGCAUGUCUGCUUUAAGGAAGCCUUUCUGGGGGUGUCCUUGCAGGCUCGCCUUUACCAACGAGACCCAGGGAGAAGCUGGUUGUGGAGGCCCAUGCCUUUGAACCCAGCACUGGGAAGGCAUGGGUAGAUGGAUCUUUGUGAAUUUGAGGACAAGACUGUCUACAUAGCAAGUUUCAGGACAGCCAGAGUUACAUGGUGAGACUCUGUUUCAGUGCCCUCCCCCCUGAGAAAAAGACCUAGUGAGAGUUGGUCAGGCCUGUCUCCUUGAGAGGAGGCCCAGGCUGCCAGGCUGGCUUUUAGGAGUGCCUUCACCCCUGGCUUGAGAAGGUCAGCCACUGCUCUAGCUGUCCAAGUCCUAUCACCCAUAGGGGCACUGCUCUGGCACUGCAGAUGUGGGUCUCAGGUGUGACGGAGGGCUUUGAUGGUGAAGCAGCAGCUGGCAUCCACUCGCCUUCGUGGCUAGAGUAGAUGAGGGCCAGCAGCUCUUGGUGCAGCCGAUCCCUCCUGAGAUGCCCAGGAAUUCUUACUUGUUCAUAUCUUGGUGUGGGCCUGGACUCAAGGGAGGGCUGGGCCUUGGAGGACAAGAGGCGGGUGAAGACAACUUUCAGAAAUGUAGCAGAGGGGCAAGAAGGAAAAGACAGGGGGACAUCAAGACAGAGUGAAGGAGUGGUCACAGGUCCGAGCACGUGUCAUACACCUUUAAUCCCACCAUUCUGGAGGCAGAGACUAGCAGACGUCCAGAUCAGCCUGGACUACAGUGGUUUCCUGGAUAGCCAGAACUACACAGUGAGACCUUGUCUCAAAAAUCAACAAAAAAAGGAGUGGUCGUGAAGGGGAGAUCAGGACAUGAUCUGGAGAGAUGUGUGUAAUGCUGCAGAGCAGGACAGAAAACUGAGGGUGCAAAAGCCAAAGCUAAAGCGCUUUGGGGGCAGAAGGAAGUCCUUUUGGAUAUUGGUUCGGUGAACUGGAAGCCAGAUUCAAUUACCAGGGCAGACUGGUAAGGCAGGGUUGGGAGGGAAUGAAAAACUGGGAGAAGGCUGGGUGCUUUGGAGAGGACCACCGCUCAGAAGGAGAUCAAAAUCCCCAGGGUACCUGGGUACUUCAGUGGUCCGGAGAGUUGGGGAGGAGGAGCACACCAGCGCGCAUGCUCGGAGAGGUGGGCAUUGUCGCGUGUACUGGCGCUGGCCCCGCCCCCUGACUCCUUAAGCACUCCCUGGGGGUAGACCUGGAGGGGGCCGGGUUGUCUGGAGAACUGGAGUCUGCCUCGCGGCUGUAGGGAAAGAGUGGGUGCGUCCUGUAGUCCCCGCCCCAAUGGGCUCCUGUCACCUUUCGGGACCUCAGUUCUAGGCCUCGGGGGGCGGGGGUCUCCUUGCCCUAGGAGCCCUGCCCCGACUGCCGCUCCGCCCCCAGGCAGCAUCUGCUCACCACCAGCAGUCCCUCUCGAUGGAAGUCCUGGACGAGUACGACAACGAAUUCCCCCAGAAUGUGACCUUCUGCCAGCUCAUCUCUGAGGACGACUUCGAGAGGCAAGCAGCGACCUACACCGAGCGCGCGCUGCGCCGUCUCUUCCGUUCCUUGGACCGCAACCCGGCGCUGGCGGAGAGGGUCGUGCGCAAGGGCAAGCAGACUGAGAUCGAGCAGCGCGGGCUCCUCUCCUGCCUCUGGGCAAAGUUUGUCUGCGCUGUCCAGGGAGAACUGAACCAGUGCAACAGCAUGGGUGCUCUGGAGAUGCAUCAGCGCCUGGAGCAGCUGAAGAGGCGCAUCAACCGUGUACACCUGUAUUCCCAGGGUGCCAAGAGGAGAAGGAGGAAGCUGAGACGAAAGAAAGAUCCGGUCCUCUUUCGAGACCAGGCAACCUCCCCGUGCCUGCUGCCAGCUCCAUUACCACCACCGCUGCCACCAACGCCUGUCACCACCAUGGCCUCUGUAGUGGCCACAUCACCCUCUGUUUACACUAUGCCCAGAGUCUUCGGCCCCUUUCCUACACUGUCUGGCAAGCAGAUGGAGAAACUGGGUAUUUCAAGAUCUGAAGUGAAAUUAAACUGGAAUGGUCUUUCAUCAACUUCAAAGAGCCACAUGGUCGAUCUGACCCCCUUGGUCCUCAACCCUGGAGGCUUCCAUUUCUCAUAUUUGGCAGGAAACAGCGCACACAAGCUGCAUUGCCCUGGCUUCCCCUGGGUUUCUCUGUAUAACAGUCCUGGCUGUCCUGGAACUCACUCUGUAGACUGGCCUCAAACUCAGAGAUCCACCUGCCUCUGCUUCCCAAGUGCUGGGAUUAAAGGUGUGUGCCACCACCACCCAGCAUCACAAUUUUGCCCUUUUGAGGCUGCUAUAUCUAGUUAUCAUUUGUGUGUGUGUAUCUGUGUGAAUGUAUGCAUACUUGUGCAUGCACACAGAAGCCAGAAAAGGAUGUAGAGUGUCUUUCUCUGUCACUCCCUGCCUGUUCCGUUGAGGCAGGGUCUCUCCUCCAAUCUGGGGCUCCUGUUUUCUUAGCUAAGUGGAAAGGUAGCAAGUCCCAGCAGUCUUGACUCCCCUCCCAGGCAACCUUGGGGCUCGGGGUUCCACUGAGUCCAUGUUUUUAGUUUUGUAAGUCUGGCAAACUGUCUAUCAAAGUAAAGGAACCACUUUCUUUACAUCCCCAGAAGUAAUAAAUGAGUUCAGAUGAUUUUUCCUGUAUUUUUGCAUAUUUAUUUUGUAUGUGGGGAGGCAUAUUGUGUGUGGAGGUCAGAGGUCAAUUUUCAAGGAAGCAGUUUUCUCCUUUUACCUGGAGAUUGAACUCAGGUCAUCAGGCUUGAUCUCCUGAGCCAUCUUGUGUCUCCUCCUGCCCACGUCUUUUUUAUAUGUUGUCCAGGCAGUUCUGGAACUCCUGGACUCAAGUGAUCUUUCAGCUUCAAUACUCUGGGUAUUUUGGAGUACUGGUGUGCACCACUGCACCGUUCAGGUGAUUUACACAAGGGAAUCACAGAUUCUCACAGAGUUCUCCAGAGUGACUUACAAACAAGCAAACCUUUAUGUCUUAGGCUUCUUUAUAGCUGAGAGAUGUACACCCUGAGAUUGAGUGCUCUGGAGCCAUCAAAAGUCCAAAAUAAAUUGAGAAUUGUACUGUCAA